AAAAAAUAUUUUCCGAGUUGUUCAGAAUUGGGUUUCCGAAAAUUUUCAUUACAGCUCUGCGCUGUGUACUAUUUUCAACAUAUAGGUUAUGUCCUAAAAGUCCAUCGAUAAUUUUGUGUUUGAUGAUGGCGAUUCUAUUUGAAGAUUAUUUUUUCGGGAGGCCCGAAUUCGGAAUAAAAGAAGCGAUAACUAUAUUGGAAAGAAUCCGAGAAGAGCCUAGAGAAUUUGAAGUAGCAAAUUUAAUUAGAACACUAAAUGAUCAAAAUGAGAACAAAAAUAAUAAGUCUGAGGUGAUUACAGAAAAUUUAGUAUCUUCAAACGAAAUAAAGACAAAAGAAUUUCAAAAUGAAAAUAUUGUGUAUACAGGUUUGCACUCGCCUGAAAAGACGGCGACAACUUAUAACCAAUCUUUUAAUCCUGAUUUCAAGAUUCAUGAAUUAAAAAAUAAAGUGGGUAAGUAUCAAAAGAAAUCUUUACCCCAAACUUCUAAUACCCAAUAUGAGAAUAAAAUAACUCAGUGGAGUAAGCUUAGUGAUGAAGAACUAGCUAACAAACGACUUUAUGUGGAUUUAACACAAUGGAGACCAGAUAUAGUUAAUAACUCUAUAUUUCAAACCAAAGUAACAACUACAAAAGGUAACGAAGAUAAAAAAAUCGAAGAAAACUUUGAAGAAAAGAUCGUUAACUAUGAGUAUAAUACAGAAUCUCCUUUUAAAUGUGAAACAUGUUUCAAACCUUUUUCUAAGAAGUCGUAUCUGCAGCGUCAUCAAAAGGUACAUGCAAACGAUGAGAAAUUCAAAUGUUUAUUAUGUUUGAAAACUUUUGCUGAUAAUUCCAACUUAAAAAGACAUUAUUUGUAUUUGCAUAGCGGUAAUAAGAUGUUCAAAUGCACAAUCUGUGCUAUGACAUUUGUAGAAAACUCCGGCCUCAAAAGACACUAUUUGUAUAAGCAUAGUAAUGAAGAGGAGAAGAGGUAUAAAUGCAAAAUUUGCUCAAAAAAAUUUGUAGAAAAUGGGGGAUUAAAGAGACACAUUUUGUAUAAACACAGUGGCGAAGUAGGUAAAAGGUAUAAAUGUACAAUAUGUUCUAAACAAUUUGUUGAACAUUGGAUGUUGAAAAGGCAUUGUUUGUAUAAACAUAGUGGAGGUAUGGGGAAACGGUUCAAAUGCAGGAUUUGUUCUAAAGAAUUUGUUGAAAACGGCGGAUUAAAACGACAUUUAAAUGUACAUUUGUAAUAGUAAUUUACAAAAACCGCCGGGGUAUCGCUUUAUAAAGUACAAGUUUCAAGAAUUUCCAGACGAGUACUUUAAUGAUGUUUCAUGGUAUUAUAUUAUGUAAUAUUUUAUUUCAUACUGUUUUUUUUUAGUUGAGAUAGUUUUUUACAAACUUUAUGAGAUAUAAUAUCUUUAGAAAAAACAAGAUUUCUAUCACAGGUGAAUUUGAAAUUAUUAAUGAAGAAAUAAUUUUUUUUUAAUUUUGUUUAUAUUCAUCUAAUUGUCUAGUUUAAUUUUUGUAAAAUUUAAACUUACGGGUUAACUCCAAAAACAUUGUUAUCAUCACAGACCUAAUAACACAAGAGACAAAAUAUACCAUUAAUAAAAUGCAUUUAAAACGAUCCAACAUUGUUUGUGAACAAGUAAUAAGUGCAAAAAGGAGAGGAUUAUAUCGGCUCCAUAUUUCAUAGUUUUGGGAGCACAUAGGCCUUCAGAUUGGCCCCUUGUGCCCCACUUGACGUUACCAGAGGCCAAUGUCCUUUGAGAAGCCAAUCAGGCGCUUUGACUUGAACUCUUUGAUGUGCCUUGUCAGCUUAGCGUUGCUUUCCGGGGCAACGCUGCAAAAUGCGUACCUUCGUAUGUCGCCAGUGGUGCACUGAAUAUCAUUCUUCACAACGUCUAGGAUCUUGCUCCAUUUGAAUUAGUUACCAGGUCGUCUGGGGAAUAACGAUGCGAGGGAUUUUUUGGCAGAAGUUGCCUUUUUGCAAUACCAGCUAAAGAAAACCAUAAUUUUCGUUUUUCCAAAUCGUUAGGAAACCUGAUUUCACUCCAAGCAAAAUGUAAUAUAAGUAACAAUAAGCCUUAAAGUUCCAUAAUAUAGAGUAAUAAUUAAACCCAUUUCUUAAAUAAUGAAGUUUUAAAAAAAUAGGUUCAGGCUCAGGAAACGAAUUAUGAAUAUUUAAAUAUUUCAAACGGAAUAAAAAAUAUAAAAUUCUUUGGAAUUUAAGAAAUUCUAUUUGCAUGUAGAUCUAAUAUAAAAGAGUAAGGAAUCUGUUUUUACGUUCGGGACUUUUUUCUUGUUUACUUAGUAUUUCUCUUCAUAACAAAAAUAUUUGCAGAUUUUAACUUUAAUAGUUGAAUAAUAGAAAUGUAAAGAAACAAAAUAUUUCAAUAAUAGUAGAAAAUGGCCCGCCACUAGCAAUAAAUAAACUUUUUUUCCUGAGAUAAAACAUAACCCUACUUACUUAAGAAAAGUUAAAUAUGGAAAUAAAUGAUCCACUUUUCUACAAACCACACAACCACGAACCAUAAUUGUGUGAUUAUAUAAUUUUUUUUCAAGUCACAAUACCAAAAUAGCCAAAAAAUUGUAUAAAUAAUUAUAUAUGCACAGUUUCUGUAAGGCAACACCGCAAGAAAUAAAUUCAUUCAAUUCUCGCAUCCAGCCAUCAUCUAACGUAAAAUUCUAAACAGUGUUGUCACAUUUCUUUUUAUCUUAGUAUAGAAAUCUCAUACGAAUAAUUCAUAAAAUGAAAUUAUUUAUUUUAUAAUGAAUGGUUUGAUUUUAAUCUCCAAUCUCCAAUGGUAUAAGAAUAAAUUAAAUCACUUUUAGUUUAUUGGAUAUGAUACUAAAUUGCUCUUGUUUUAUUAUAUUUUUCCUCGAUAAACUUAUACAAUUUGUAAACUUGGCAAUACUGUGGCUACAGUUGUUUUAGCAUAAAAAGUGGAUAUUUGCACACUAUAGAAAUGUAAACAAUUUGGUCUCUUGUGUUAUUAGGUUUUAUAGUUUCCGAGAGGUAAAAUUACUUUAGUGACUCUUAAGCCAAAAUAUUUUAGUUUCAGUCUACAUUUUCCAAAUGGUACAGCAUGAAAUAGAAUUUGUUAAUUUAUAGUCACAAAUUCCACGAAGUUUUAAAAAUGUUUAUAUCUAAUUGUCUGGUUUAAUUUUAAACAUGAGGGUUAACCUUAAAAACAUUGUUACUGUCAUUUUAAUUUAAUCAAAGUUAUAUUUCAUUUGUUGUAAAUUUUUUUUGCCUCACUCAUCUGUGUUGAUUAACAUAGUUUCCGGGGGGUGAAGUUACUUUACUGACCCUUGAGUCUCCCUUAGUUUUCUAAAUAGUACAGUAUGAAAUAAAAUAUUUGAAUUGAAUAUAGAAGUGUACGUAAUUAUGUUAUAUCUGAAUUUGAAGCAAAAUGAGUUUCAAUCACAUUUCAACUAUUCAGAUUAUCUAGAGAAUUAUAUGGUGCAAUAAUUAAGUUUUGUGUUUCAAUAAGAAAACAAUAAAAAAUUAUUAUAUCUUUUGCCGAAGUUGAUAUGUGUCUUUCAAUAUUUAUCGAUUUUUUAAACUCAAAAAAUGUGCUAUUCCAAUUGAUUAUAAAUAUUAAUUGAUUCUUAAAAAACACACACUUUCCAGCAUAAUUUUAUACAGUAUUAUAGUGGAUUUGAGCUAAAAAUAUACAUGGACAUUGUAUACGGAGCCCUAGCUAGAAUAAUAAGUAAUAGUUUAGGCAAAUAUUUGGGAAAGUCAACUAGUGAUCAAAUUUUCAAUCUGAAGGUAAUCAAGAACAAUAUCUAUAACCAUGGAUUAAACUUAAAACUUCUCUUUGCGGAUUUCAAGCAAGCGAAUUUGGGAAUGAUGACACCAAAUAACACCUAAAUGAAGUAACUGUCGAAGGAAGCAUAUUAAACAAAAAGAGGUUAGAACCCACUAUCAAAGUGCUCUUUAACCUUUUACUAGAAAUGAUUCUGAUAAGUAGUGGCAUCCGAACCCAGGGGGUCCAAAUAUAUGAAGUGAUGACAGAGCAAAACAGAGAAAGCCUUGUGCCUAUACGUUUUAACCCAUAAUUUGGGUGAUACAAAACAUGUAAUGAAGCAGAGGCAAAAUUGGAAACAUUACAUUCGAUCAGUGGCGGUUUUUUUCAGUACAAUCAACUAGUAGAAAACUAGUCGUGUCCUUCGAUAUUUUGGGAUUAACGAUUAAAGCCCAGUUGCCAACACUAAGAACUUCAACUCCAACCAAGUUACUAUUUGUACUUGUUGGAAGCCUCUAAUCAUUCAUUUUAAAAGAUAGAAAUAUUGGAUGGUAAUAAGUCUUAUCCAAUUAAUAAAUUAGUUUCAAAUUGUGCUGGUGAGGGUAUUUGAAAGAAUAGCAGCAACUAGAAUAAUAUAAGAUUCUUCAGUUGAAGUUGUUUCUUAGAAACAAAAUAAUUCUGUAAGACAAAUAUCAGAAUAUUAACUAUUAUUCUCUCUCAUUAUCAUGCUAGAAUCAAUAGAAUAGUGUAAAAAAGUGAAUUUUAUAAAAAUGUGAUUGUUUUUAUAAUGUACGGGAUAUUUCUUGUACUAUUAUACAGCUCAAAGAUUUUAUAUUAUUUGACUUAUCAAAUGUUCAGUGCUAAUUGUGUUUUUAGACAAAUAGUGAUUAAAGAAUAUGUAAUGCAACCUCCAAAUAUGUAGAUACGUGAAGUUUCCUGAUGUUGAAAGUAUACAAUCACUUUUGUAUUCAGAUAUUUAUUUUAACCCACGGGUAUAAUGAAUUAUCCUUUAUAUAUAAGGAGAAUAAUUUUUUUCUUGGGGUUGGGUUGAGUGUUUUCUGUUGUAUUUCUAUAUAAUAACUGCUACACGUUUUUGCAGCUAAAUUUUAUAAACAUGCAAAUUAUUAUAUGAUACUAUGUUUUUAAAAAUAUUCUCUACUUAUUUGUGUCUUUUAAAUAAAACCAGAGUUUCAAUUUUCUGAUUCUCUUAUAAGAGAUGUCCUAAAUUAUCUUGUGCAAAUAAUUAUAGUACGAAUAUAUUUAUUGAGAAAUUUUAGAGGAUCCAGGCCCUUUUUGUGUGUGUACUUGCCUUAGAACAGACUAUAAUAAUUUGCCCCACUCACAUCUAUUAUACCUCCACACCAUCCAUAAAUUUCGAAAUAGAUUUUCACCUCUGAAGUACCUUCUGUUGGUUUUGGUUUGUGGUUCUUGUAUCUCUAAUUCUGUUUUCAAAAAAUUCUUUUAUCCACCAUCUAUACACCUGUCCUGUAUCCUCCUAUACCUCCUAACGAAAAUAACACACUAAAAAUCAUACUGACCAAGAUAUAUAACACAGGAGAAGCGCUAAAAGAUUGGUAAAUGGAUAUAAUUACACCAAUAUUCAAAAAAGGAGACAAUAACAACAACAUUUACGACAAAAAGUAAAACGUGCUCCCCUUAUCUAUUAGGUGCAUGUAUGAUAGUUAAUUUGGGACGUCAACUUUUAUUUGAAAGUAGAGUAUUAUAACGUUUUGUGAUUUUUUUUUAUUAUUUUUCUAUUUAUUUAUUUUGUGUGUUAAAUGUACGCCACUCUGAUAUCACAUGAGUAUACAUGUCACAUUUUUUAACUAUAAUAAUAAUGAAUUUUUAUUGUGCAGAGCUUUUCAAAAAAUGUCUCAUGUACUUUACCACACAUUUUGGAUUUUAUUACAACUAAUAUUGUAUAUACUCCAGAAUGUGUGAUAUACCCUGUAUAAUGGUAGCGAUAAAUCAUGUGUACUCUUGUAAAAAGUUACAAUAUCAAAGUGGUUAACUUAAUAAAAUAGUGUUGAUAUUUUUUUAUACUAUUUAAAAUGUAGUAUACAAUAUACAAAUCUAUAGAAAGCUUUCGUGACCAUAAACGUACUAUUAUUUAUUAUAAUGAAAAUAAAUAUAUAUCUUUUGUGUAAAA